CUUGUUGUAUGGUUAUUGUAGUUAUUAAUGUUAAACGACUAGUGGCUAUAAAAGUAGUCGAGUGUUUCUAUCACAAACAACCAUUCAGUUGAAGAUGUAUUCUAUUCUACUGGUUCUUUGUAUUGCCUCAUUAUCUGCUGCACUUGAUGGUACUUGUGUUAAUCCUACUACUUUGUCUUUCAUUGAGAAUUCACUGACUAAUAUCAGUGAUCAGCUUAAAGGAUCAUCCUGUUCAUCAGAUGGUGCUACUAGUGAAGGACUAACUGGUCUUCUUCAAUUAGCAUUAGUAAAGGAACUGGCAAAAGAUUAUAAGGAUAAGUCAUGUGAUAAAGAAGAAAGGAAUCUAUUGAAUCGCAAAAUAGAGUCACUUCAAUCAGAAGUAUCUGCCCUCUCAUCUGGUGUAAUGAAGUUAUCUCAAUUGUUAGCAACACGUGCUAAUGCAACUAUAGAUGAUGAAGUAGUACUUUACUCUCCUCUCCUCUCCUCAUGUGAUGCUAUCCUCAGUAAGUGGCCUAACAGCUCCUCGGGUUAUUAUAAUCUAGCUGAUGUUAAUGGUGACACUCGACGUGUAUACUGUCACAUGGAGACUCUGUGUGGUGAAAGAGGAGGCUGGAGAAGAAUAGCUAGUCUGAAUAUGACUGAUCCUAAUGAGAAAUGUCCUACUCAGUUCAGAACAUAUUUAGAAGAUGGAGUUCGUGCUUGUGGUAGACCAGCUCGUAAAGGUGGCUGUGUUGGCAUAACAUUUCCAUCAAAAGAUAUACAAUACUCUCAAGUAUGUGGUAAAGUGAUUGGAUAUCAAGCUGGAUUCCCAGAUGGAGUUAUUAGACGUCAAAGUGCAGGGGUACUACUGGUAUAAACUCAGCAUACAUUGAUGGUAUUAGUCUAACUUAUGGUAGUCCAAGGAAACAUAUCUGGACAUUUAUUAGUGGUGCUACUGGCAAUGGAUCUGCUAAUCAUUGUCCUUGUGGUACUACUGGUGUAAGACCUGCUCCAUCAUUUGUUGGUCGGGACUAUUACUGUGAAGCAGGUUAUGAAGGUCCUACAUUUCCAUUGCAUUCUCAAUUUUAUUCUGAUCCAUUAUGGGAUGGUGAAGGUUGUGGUAGUGUUGAGAUUAAUUGUUGUCAACAUACUCUUAUUCCUUGGUUCUAUAGAUCUUUUACUCACUCUACUACUGAUAAUAUUGAGAUGAGGAUAUGCUGUGAUGAAGGAACUCACGAUGAAGAUGUUCCUGUUGGAGAAUAUGAAAUUUAUGUUAAAUGAUAUUCUUUGUAUAAUGAACUUUUCCUAUUUUGGCGAUUUUUUUCUUUUGCUUAAUUAAAGGUAUGUUUAUAUUGUAA